GACUUAACUUACCCUCCAAAACGAUUCCAAACAUAGUUAUAUAUUAUCAUAUAUAACGGCAAAAGAAAGAAGCCAAGAUCACGUGCCAGAGCAAAUAUCUUUCGUAUUGCAUAUUCUAGUUAACGUGUAUGAAUAAAUUACAUGGGUGAGGUUUGCCAAUAUUGAAGUUAAAGGAUUAUUAAGGGGGACCAAGAAGGCUUUCGGGACUAUUCAGGAGUUCAGGACUUAUUAAGUGGAAGACCGAGCAUUAUUGAGUCAAGGUCUUUUGUAAUCUAGUAAUUUUCAUGUGAUUUGUUUUUCUUCAACCAACUAGACGAUGGAGAAGAAUGUUGCAAUUGUUUGACCAUUCUUCACAUGUACAUUUGACAAUCUUAUUCUGUGUUGUUUACUCAGCCAUUUCAGUCAAUACAGCUUCAAUUUUUUAUUUUAUUUUAGCCAUUAAAUCAAUCAAUUAGUCAUAGUUUAAACCAAUAAAGCUCACCUACUUCGUCAACAAGGUGAAACCCCCUGUAAUAGAAUAGUUGCAAAUCAAACUACAAUUAUUCUCUGGUGAUUGCUCUUAUUUUCUUCAUUCGGGACUUAUCUUAGAAAUGUCCUUCUCUCAUAAUCUAUCAAACCGACUAUAGCCUAAGAAUUUCAAAAUUGCAGCAGAUUGGAACCCAGCCCUGAAAGCAAACCGAGAUGUUAAAUCUAACACUCUCAAUGAUAUAUCGAGGCACUAUUAAAUGAUAUGUCUAUGUUAAUACAUCAAAUAAUUUAAUUUGUACGGCUCGUAAUUAACAUGAUCUGUUGUUCCUCCUUAUGUGUUGUCAACUCUUGGUUGGACGAGUCAUUCAUUAGUGAGGCACUAUGGCUGAGCUGAACAACUCUAGCAUCCAAUUGCAUCAUAUCAUAUGCUAUUUGGAUCUUUAAUGCCUCAUAUGAUCUGAAAUAGUAAGGGAACUGGGACCCCAUUAGUUUCAAGCACACUGAAGUCAUCUUCAAAUUAAUCUCUCUGAGAUUGAAGCCCACAAUUCGAUUUUUAUAUUCUAUCUCAAUUCUCUCACACUUUCCCUCAAUCAAAACAUCCCCAUAUUUCCAUAGCAGCUUUGUCCCCUGCAAAUCCCAGAGCUUCACGGUGGCCAAUUACCUCAUGACAUCAAACAUUCAAAAAACAUAAAUUCAUAAGUCAAAAAUAAAAUAAAAAUACUAAAAAAAUCGCAAUCACCCAGCGGUAAUAUUGAAGUUUUUUUUUUAUUUUUUUUUUUAAAAAUCUACUCAUCCCUCCCUCUCUUUACAACUUCCGUUAAAUUAUACUAUCUUUAACCCUCCACAUGUUCAGGUGCCGUUAACUCUCCGUCAAAACAUGACGCCGUCACUUCCUCCCCACUUUCUCUAUAACCAUUAAACCGCGAACCAUAACAACAAAAUAGACCAGAACAGCCCAAGCUCUGUUUAUUUUCCUUCGUUUCUUUCUUUCUUAGGACAGAAAAAACCAAAACCAUAGAGCAAAAUGAAGCCCUUCUGCAGAUUCUUGAUUCUUGUAUCGCUAUUUUCUCUGGUGGAAUCUUCAUGCAACAGCAGUGAAGAGCAUGACUUGGUGUCCAAGGCUUUCAAAUCAGUCUCUGGCUUCAACGCUUUCUCCUCCUCGUUCCCAACCAACAACUGUUCACAAACUCACAUCAUCACCAGCAUAGUACUUCCAUCCCAAAACCUCAGCGGCACAAUUUCAUGGAACUACCUUAGGAACAUAUCCAACUUGCAGAUUCUCGAUCUCUCCGGGAAUUUCCUACAGGGCCACGUGCCAAGCUGGUUUUGGUCGAGUUCAUCCUUAUUGGCAAUAAACCUCUCUAGAAAUAGGUUCGGAGGGAGCAUCCUUCAACCCACAUCAGAAAACACCUCGUUUUCAUCCAUUCAAUCCCUCAACCUCUCAUACAAUAGGUUUACCAACUCAAUCCAGCUUUCUGGUUUCAAAAACCUUAAAAUCCUCGACCUUUCACACAACAACCUCGUAACACUCCCUUCCGGGUUUCAAAACCUCAGCAACCUACAACACAUCGACCUCUCAAGCUGCAAUCUUCAAAGCAACGUAAAACCCAUUUCCGCUCUUCACUCACUUCACUACUUGGACUUAUCAAACAACACCUUCACGGGUAAUUUCCCUUAUGAUUUCCCUCCACUCACCACCCUCAAGUUCCUCAACAUCUCGUUCAACAACUUCACCUCAGCAAUUAGCGUAAACAAGUUCAGUAGAUUCUUCGGUAAAUCAGCUUUCGUCCACGCUGGCAGCAACUUCACCUACACCAACGACAGUAAUAAAAACACAAAACAAGAAGCCAUCAUCGAAAAGAAACAAAAGAAGCGAAAGUCCAAAACGCUGAUUGGUGCAGCGUCGUCUGCGGCAUCAGCAAUUGUCCUAAUUCUCUUGGGCAUAUGGGCAGUCCGCAUUGUGAUUCAGAAGAGGAAGCAACGUGCCAAGAAGAACAAGUGGGCGAUUUCGAUGCCGGUCCCACAAGGGAUGAUGAUGAUGAUGAAAUCAGGGCCGUUCGAGUUCGAGACAGAAUCGGGGUCAACGUGGGUGGCUGACCUGAAGGAAGCGUCUUCGGCGGCGGUGGUGAUGUUCGAGAAGCCGUUGAUGAAUCUGAGCUUCAAGGACCUCAUUGUUGCAACGUCACACUUCGGGAAGGAGUCGCUUCUAGCGGAGGGAAGGUGUGGGCCAGUGUAUAGGGCAGUGCUACCCGGGGACCUCCACGUGGCAAUCAAGGUCCUGGAAGAGGCCAGAGACGUUGAUCCUGAUGACUCCGUGGCCACCUUCGUUGACCUCUCGAGACUCAAGCAUCCCAACCUGCUGCCCCUCUCCGGUUACUGCAUUGCAGGUAAGGAGAAACUGGUGCUGUACGAGUACAUGGCAAACGGCGACCUAGGAAGGUGGCUACACGAGCUUCCGACUGGAGACACCAACGUGGAGGACUGGACAGGCGACACGUGGGAGAUUCAAAACGGCGUCGUCGACGACGGAUCCCCAGAAAAGAUGGGAUGGCUCACACGACACCGUAUCGCGGUGGGCAUAGCGCGUGGCCUCGCGUACCUUCACCACGCGCGUUCCAAGCCCGUGGUGCACGGCCACCUCGUCACCUCCAACAUCCUCCUCGCCGACGACUUCGAGCCCCGCAUCGCCGAUUUCGGGUUGCGACCCGACCCGGAUCCGAAUUUCGGCACGGAGACCGACGUCUACUGCUUCGGGGUGGCUCUGGUGGAGCUCCUGACGGGGAAGGGGAGCACGGCGGAGGCGGUGGCAGCGACACGGAAGGCGGUGAGGGAGGGGCACGGCGUUAGGGUUUUGGACGAGAGGCUCCGACUCGGGGGUGACUCGGUGGUACUGAGUCAGAUGGUGGAGACUCUCCGAGUCGCGUUUUUGUGUACUGCUGAAUGCCCUUCGAAGAGGCCCACAAUGCAACAGGUUUUGGGUUUGCUCAAAGACAUUCGUCCUCAUCACCAACACCAACACCAACUCGUCCUGAGUUGACUCGUCAAAGACUUUUUUAUUUUAAUGUUGUUGUCAUUAUGCUGUAUAGACUCAUUUUUUGGGGGGAAAAGAAAAAGUGGAAAAGGACAAAAAGAUGGGCAUGAUGAAGGCGCAAAGGGAGAGAGUAGUUUACUCUUUUUUUUUUUGGGGAGAGGCAUAGGGCCAGAGAAUCCCACUCAGGAGUUUCCAUAAUUUAAUUCUUUUUUUUAAUCUGCUCCCUUCACUUUAAAAAAUACAUAUAUUUUUCACUUUUUAUAUUUUGUUUUUACCCUCUUUUAGUUUGUUUUUUUUCUUUUUGCUUUAUUCUCUUGUUGAUUUAUUUAUCUUUAGCUAGGAAUAGGAUUAAGAAUGAAUGUCCCUUUAUUUAGUACACGGAAUAAAUUAAAGAUAGGAAGGUUGGUUUA